CAAAUCCCUACACAUCAAUGAUGUGUCUCUUUGAUUAGGUGUAAUCUUGCAGAGUAAUUAAUCAAUUCUGUCACAUCCAAAUUAGGGUUUAUAAUUGUAUACUCUCUAGAGAAGGUUUUCUCUACUAAACUGCUGCCUGGCUGCUGCACCAAGAAGAAGCAAAACGAGUUCUUUGGCCGGAGAGGAAGUUGCCGUCGGGGAAAGAAAAGGGAAAAUGAGUGGUUCGAGGUUUAUAAAAUGUGUCACCGUCGGCGAUGGAGCGGUGGGCAAAACUUGUAUGCUAAUUUCAUAUACCAGCAACACCUUUCCUACUGAUUACGUGCCCACUGUUUUUGACAAUUUUAGUGCAAACGUUGUUGUGGAUGGAAGCACUGUGAACUUGGGGUUAUGGGAUACAGCAGGUCAGGAAGAUUACAAUCGACUAAGACCUUUGAGCUAUCGUGGAGCUGAUGUUUUCAUACUAGCAUUUUCUCUUAUUAGCAAGGCGAGCUAUGAAAACAUUUCCAAAAAGUGGAUUCCUGAAUUAAGGCAUUAUGCUCCUGCAGUUCCAAUUGUUCUUGUUGGGACAAAGCUCGAUCUUCGAGAAGAUAAACAGUUUUUCGUUGACCAUCCUGGAGCUGUGCCCAUUUCCACAACUCAGGGAGAAGAGCUUAGAAAGCAAAUUGGUGCUGCUGCUUACAUUGAAUGUAGCUCAAAAACCCAGCAAAACGUGAAGGCUGUGUUUGAUGCUGCAAUUAAGGUGGUUCUUCAACCACCUAAGCAGAAAAGGAGAAAGAAGAGGAAAGGGCAAAAUGCUUGCAGUAUCUUGUAGUAGUAACAAGACAUAAAUAUAUUGAUUACUGCUGCUUGUAGUCUCUUGUAAGACAUAAACAUCUUCAUCAUAUGAAUUCAUAGUUUGUACUUUGUGUUGUGAUAUGUAUUUUAUCAAUGAAUGAAUCAAUCAAACAGAUCUCUGCUGCCUUUUGUA